UCCUCGGCGAAAUGUUCGCGCAAUAAUGAGUAUCCGAUAAUAUUUCCUCAUUUACUAAGUCGAAAUUUUAUGAUAUCUACAUAUACAGUUAUUUAUUUUUCUGUUUCCUCCCCAAAUACGUAGCUCCUACGUAGGCUGUGGUACGGGCACGCGCAUUCUGUUACUAGGCAGAUCCUCGCGAAACAUGGCGGCGACUGGGAACGAAGCUGAGGCGCUGCUAGCCGAUAUCAAGGAGGAGGACGAGGAGGAGGAAGAAGAAGAGAUGGAGCGAGAAAUAGAGUCGGGAGAAGGAGAGGAAGAUGAAGAGGCCAUGGGCGCUGAGAACUCCGAAGACGAAGCGGACGACGACGACGACACGUCCGAGGACGAGCGGGAAAACGAGGCAGAGAUCCAGCGCCUGGAGGAGCAGCUGUCAAUCAAUGCAUUUGAUUACAAUUGCCACGUCGACCUGAUCAAGCUGUUGAGGCAGGAGGGGAAGCUGUACAGACUGCGCAAGGCCAGGCAGAAGAUGAGCGAGCUGUUCCCGCUUACCGAAGAGAUCUGGCUGGACUGGCUGAAGGAUGAAAUCGGCCUGACCGAGGGCGACGUGGCGGAGCGCGAGAAGAUCUACGAGCUCUUUGAGAAAGCCAUAAAAGACUACAUCUGUCCCGAUAUCUGGUUGGAGUUUGCUCAGUACUCUAUAGGCGGCAUGGGGGCUGCCGGAGGCAUCGACCGAGUGCGCGCCAUCUUCGAGAGGGCUCUGACAGCCGUCGGUUUGCACAUGACCAAAGGAGCUGCGCUCUGGGAGGCGUUCCGGGAGUUCGAGAUCGCCAUUCUGUCCACCCUCCAGCCUCCUCCUGGCAGUGUCUCGAGUCCUGAGCAACAGGAGCAGCUGAAUGUGCAGCUUGAAAGAAUUCACACUCUCUUCAGAAGGCAGCUCGCAAUACCUCUAAUGGAUAUGGAGAGCACAUACACUGAAUACUCAGAUUGGACAGAUGAGGGUAUACCGGCGAUGGUCACACAGCACUACAAGAAAGCUCUGCAGCAGCUGGAGAGUCACAGGCCUUACGAAGAGGCUCUGUUGAUGUCCGAGCCGCCGAAGCUGGCCGAGUAUCAGACUUACAUCGAGUACGAGAUGAAGGAGGGAGACCCCGCUCGAGUUCAGAUCAUCUUCGAGAGAGCGCUGGCGGAGAAUUGCUUAGUUCCAGACCUUUGGGCCAAAUACACAAUCUAUCUGGAUCGCCAGUUGAAGAUCAAGGAGCUGGUGUUGUCCUGUCAUGAACGGGCGGUCCGGAACUGCCCCUGGACCAUGGGCUUGUGGAAGAGCUACCUGGUGGCUCUGGAGAGACACAGCGCAGAGCAUCACAUAGUCUCUGAUGUGUUUGAAAAGGCGCUGAAUGCAGGCUUCAUCCAGGCCACUGAUUACGUGGAGAUCUGGCAGUCGUACCUGGACUACCUGAGACGGCGUGUCGAUUUUAGCAAAGAGGGGAGCAGAGAGCUGGAGGAGCUGCGGGCGGCCUUCACACGCGCUCUGGACUACCUGAAGCAAGACGUGGAGGAACGGUUUACUGAGAGUGGCGACCUGUCCUGUACAAUAAUGCAAGUCUGGGCCAGGAUAGAGGCUUUGCACUGUAAGAAUAUGCAGAAAGCACGAGAACUGUGGGACAGCAUUAUGACAAAAGGGAAUGCCAAGUACGCCAACAUGUGGCUCGAGUAUUACAAUCUGGAGAGGUCCUAUGGAGACGCAGCACAUUGUCGGAAAGCCCUUCACCGAGCAGUGCAGUGCACCUCGGAUUAUCCAGAGCACGUGUGUGACGUUCUUCUCACUUUUGAGAGGGUCGAGGGUUCUCUGGAGGACUGGGACACUGCUGUCCAGAAGACAGAGACUAGACUGAACCGAGUGAAUGAGCAGAGAGCGAAGGCAGCAGAGAAGGAGGCUGUGCUGUUCCAGCAAGAAGAAGAUCGAUUCGAACAGCGGCGUAAAGCCAAGGCCGAGAAGAAAGUGCAGAAAAAGGGCCAGAAAACCAACAGGACUGGAGACAAGAGGAAGGCAGAAGACGUGGAUGAAGACGAAUGGGGAGAGGAGACGGAGCAUAAGAGACAUAAAGGUGAAGAGAAUGUCCAAGAGGAGCAGAUGGAAACCGAAAGCGGGUCGUUCCGGCGGCGCGCUGCUCCGCAACCCACAAUCGGUGCACCAUCCAUCUGGAAAAACCAGCAGUCGGCGACGGAAACGAGAAACACGACGCCCCGGGUGCCGGACGACCGAAACGACUCGAGCAGCGUGUUUGUCAGUAAUUUGGCCUUUAACCUGGAAGACCCAGAGGGCAAAAUGAGGGCUGCGUUCGGAAGUUGCGGCACCGUCGUGCAGGUGCGACCCGUGUUCACGCCGAAGGGCGCGUUCCGUGGAUACUGCUACGUGCAGUUCGAAGAUGAGCUGGUCGCUCGCGACGCGCUAAAGCUCGACAGGCACGAAGUGGACGGACGGCCCAUGUUUGUGUCUCCCUGCGUGGACAAGAGCAAGAACCCUGACUUUAAGGUUUUCAAAUACAACACCUCAAUGGAGAAGCACAAAAUCUUCAUCUCAGGGCUGCCUUUCUCCUGCACCGCCGAGAAGCUGGAGGAGCUGUGCAAGGAGCACGGCCCGGUCAAAGCCGUCCGCCUCGUCACCAACCGCUCCGGCAAACCCAAGGGCCUGGCCUACGUGGAGUUCGAGAACGAGGCGCAGGCUUCUCAGGCCGUGUUAAAGAUGGACAGGACGAAGCUGGAGAACCACACGCUCUCGGUGGCUAUUAGUAAUCCUCCAUCCAGGAAGACAGAAUUCACACCAGCUCUGGGAGGCAUUAUGCCUAGGCAGUUUCAGGGCACUCGUGGAAAAGGACGCACACAGGUCUCUUUACUCCCUCGUUCCCUGCACCGUCAGAACACACCGCAGGUAAAAGCGGAGAACGGCACCUCGGCCAAGCAGCAGGACGGCAUGAGCGACGGCGUGCAAGCCGAAAACCCGGAAACAAAGCCGCUGACCAACGAGGAUUUUGCAAGGAUGCUCCUGAAAAAGUGAAAACAGAAAAAAAAACAUCCUGUUAACUUGCCUUGUGUCAGAAGCCAUUCUGUGUCCUUAAUGCGAUAUAGAGGAAGACAAGCAGUGCUUUUUUUCUUUCUUUUUUUUUUCUUUUUUUCUUUUACGUUCCGUUUCCUGUAAAUACCCGACUCCACCAAGUUCUAUCAAAAAAAAAAAAAAAAAAAAAGGUUUUAGCCGUGUAUCCUUGACACGAGUGCGUUAUUUUGUUUCUUUGAUUGGGUUUGAAAGGAAAAAUUGUCCUUUCUUUCUUUCUCUUUUUUUUUUCUUGAUGUCAAUCCGCGUGAUCCUUGUUAUUUCAAAUUUAGGCGUAAGCAAGAUUUUAGUAUUCACUACAAAAUUAUAGUGCGUUAUAAAUUAGAAUCUGUGUGUAUUUGCUAUCAGUUUGCUUUUUUUUUUUUAACACUGCUUCGGUUAGAAGGGAAAAAAACGUGAUCAGCGUAAUUUAUUUCGCAGCGCUAAAACCCCGUUGUGUUGAGAGGGGAAGAAUCCAGAACACGAAUCAUAGACAGGACUCCUUUUCUGGAUUCGAGAUCGUGGCCACAGUUUCAUGGGGGGGAGGUGAUUUGCACAAAGCCAUGAGUUUGUCGUAUCAUACAAGUCGAACCCUGUGUGGUGAUUGUAUUCGUUUUUUUUAUUUGUUGUUUUUUUAAGGUUUAUGAUCCCAGAUGUCUGACACAGCAGUUCUGCCUUACCUUGUUGGCACAGUAUUGAGAAACCCGACCGGUGUUUUCACACGAGGUUAGAAAAUUCUGUUCCGUCGGCAAACCGAACGCAAAUCUAGAACCGAGUCCAGUUGGAGAUGGGGUCAGUACGACUUCUAUAACAUGGUCAGCGGUCGGAUGGCCUUCUGUCCGGCUGAGCCGUUUGCCUUAGAUUGUUUCCUGUCUUUGUGGAAAUGAACAUUGCCGUGAUUUAAGAAUCUAUGCAGCUGUUUCAAUGCUAGAACCUUCCAUGUUGUUUUGCUCGAACGAUUCGCGUUUCCCCUCUGCCAUACUGUAUAUAACACCCACCCACCAUACCAUGUAGUAGAAGAUGAGAACGGAAGGCUCGAACCCCUUUUAAACUGCAUAUUUAUUACGUGUGAUGUAUUUUAUUUUUUUUUUUUUCGAGCCCCUCCCUCCGCCUGGUCCCUUUUUACCGAAUGUCCGUGGAGCGUUCGCCUCCCCUCGCCGGUAGGCCGUAAACCGUUUUUGUACAGCGUUUGUAUAUUUCGAUCCGAAGGAAUAGUAGCUCUAAAUAUUUGCUUCUGAUCACCACAGUGGCCUCAAUAGUAACGAGAAAAGAAGCGUGCCGUUGCAGCUCGUCCGAAUCCUCAUCCUCUUUUCGAAAUUCUUCUUGAGACCCCUUCCAAUGUCGUUGUCUUUUUUUUUAUUAUUUUAUUUUAUUUUUUGGGUCCCUUUUUCCCAUUCAUUGUUUACCUGACCGCUGAAAAUGUCGUAUGGUCGUAUUUCUUUUCCCCCUCCUUCAUACUACUUUUCCUAAAUUGUUUCAAGAUCAAUUAAACCAUACGUGAACAUCAAAA